CCGCCCAGGACUCCAGCAUGUUCCACGGGAUCCCAGCCACCCCAGGCCUGGGAGCUCCAGGGAAUAAACCGGAGCUCUACGAGGAAGUCAAGCUGUACAAGAACGCCCGGGAGCGAGAGAAGUAUGACAACAUGGCGGAGCUCUUUGCGGUGGUGAAGACCAUGCAGGCCCUCGAGAAGGCCUACAUCAAAGACUGCGUCACCCCCAACGAGUACACAGCUGCCUGCUCCCGGCUCCUGGUCCAGUACAAGGCUGCUUUCCGGCAGGUGCAGGGCUCCGAGAUCAGCUCCAUCGAUGAGUUCUGCCGCAAGUUCCGUCUGGACUGCCCGCUGGCCAUGGAGAGAAUCAAGGAGGACCGUCCCAUCACCAUCAAGGAUGACAAGGGCAACCUGAAUCGCUGCAUUGCUGAUGUCGUCUCGCUCUUUAUCACAGUGAUGGACAAGCUGCGGCUGGAGAUCCGAGCUAUGGACGAGAUCCAGCCUGACCUGCGGGAGCUCAUGGAGACCAUGCACCGGAUGAGCCACCUGCCUCCCGACUUUGAGGGCCGUCAGACAGUCAGCCAGUGGCUGCAGACUCUGAGCGGCAUGUCGGCAUCUGACGAGCUGGACGACUCCCAGGUGCGCCAGAUGCUGUUUGACCUGGAGUCGGCCUACAAUGCCUUCAACCGCUUCCUGCACUCCUGAGGCUGCUGCGCCC